AUGCAUGGACAUUUACCAGCGACAGGGUUCAACGAUGUUUGCAUAGCAGUCACUCUCAAUAGGAUCACUUCGACCUUGACUAUCUGGCAGGUCGAUUUUUCCAAGUCUUCCAUUGCCUCGUCCCGAGCUAAGACAUCCGCUACCAACUAUCGAAAGAGACAAAGCUCUAAUGUGCACGACCUGCCCAGAACUGCAAGUGGAAGAGCUCCGGUCGAUGAUCCCCGUAAGAGCUUCGGCGGAGUCGUGCAGUCCUUCGUUGAUGAUGAGCCUAAGCCACAAUCUUCUCAGCUCUCCAACAUCGAGCAUCUCGCUGCUGAGCUCGGUCAAGAUUUCGAGCCAGCUGGUGUUCAGACCAGAUCAGCAAGGCGUAUUAGCUCUAUGCUUGCCAGGACGGACCUUGCCCCAGCAACCGAUCGUUCGACCUUCAACGAUACUAAUGUCGCCAGUCGCAAGAGUCUGUCGAGAAAUCUCCGGAAAGAAGGCUCUAUCGCCAGUUUUACGGAAAGAAAUAGCUUUGCGGGUCGCAAGUCCUUUCCUGCGAGGGCAUCGUUCGUCUCAAACACGACUUCUUUCCUGGAAAGUGGCAUGCGCCUAUCUUUCAGCGAGGGUAUUGCAGGUAUGAAUAUGGAAGACACUGAUCUUGAAGACACUGCCGGCAAGUUUGACAAGGAUAUGAACAUGAUCAAGUUGAAGUCAUUCACAUGUCACAGCUCGUCAGCCGCCAAUGGCGUCAACGUCUCUAGAGUGCUUGUCAUUCCACAUCCCAAUGUGUUACAACAGGAAAACUCCCUCCAACGGCAACUGUCGGUGUGCGUGCUAGAAGUUCAACCCCAACUCAUGACCGUCGUGACUAUAGGCAUCCGGAAUGACUCUCCCAAAGAUUUGCAGCAACCUCUGCUAUCGAGGCGCCCAGAGCUGAAGGCCAUUCAGAUGCACAAAGGCACGAAUAUUGCAGAUGCGUGUCUCGUGUCCGAUGGUAUUGUGUCCAGGCUUCUUGUACUUUCAAAGACGUCACAAGGGGACGACGUCCUCCAUCUGGAAGCUCCUUGGAGUCCAUCGUUCCGCAUCAAUCUGCCCAAGCACUACUUUGUUCACAAACAAGAUGGUUCUCUCGACGCCACGAAUCGUAGCAAGCACGAUGUAGGGCUUCACCAUGUCCUCCCAGCAGACCAAAUCAACGUCUCGUGCUUCAAGGCAACAUUCAACACUUCUCGCCUGGUAUUUGCAGACACUUUGCAACGCGACCAUGAGCUCCGAGUUGUGUUGCAACCUGAACAAUUCCUUGCCCGACGUGUCAUCCAGCUUGGCAGAUUUUAUCUGCCUACGCAGUUACAAGAUAGCUUGCUAGUCGCAUACUGGGAAGUGGAGUCGUGGCUCGAAUCUCAGGACGCCUCAGCAACAUCCGACCUAGCUCUCGCUGUCGUGCUCUUCACAAUGGCAGUUCCAUUUAUCAGUACACUACAGACCAAAUCGACCACUCCUGGUCGCAAGAAAAAGACGAGGAUGAGCAGUGGCUCGUCGGUCGAUACUACUAAUCUGAUGCAAAUGCAAGCCCUUGAGAGAAGGCGGGGCACAUCUCCUUGGAUGCAGAACGCAGCAUGGUGCUGGAUCAGUAACGAUGUGACGCCAAGCGAGAAAAGAACUUCUUCGGCACGUCAGACCCCACUAACAGCCAUCGAUCUUUUCCAGCCAUUCGAGCUGCGAUCGUGGCUACUCAAAGCUACUGAUCUAACGCGAGACUUUUUACAAAGCCCAUCUGGAGAAAGCAUGAUAGGGCCGGAGGGCUAUCUGCCAACAGCGAUCAACCAGGACUGGAACGUCCGUCGUACGACUCUCGCAAACAUGGUGGUCGCUCUCUAUUUGUUGUUAGAAGAGUUGAGGCUGGGACCUGUGACCAAUACCGCCAUCGUUGACGACAGAGUGACUCUGUUGGCUCUUCUCUGGCAAUUGUGCUCUUGGAUGCAGUGGCAGACGUGGAAGGACUUUAUGCAAGCCCAGCUUACUGCACAAGGAUUUGACCUUAUCGAAUCUGAUAUUGACAAAUCAACCAUCGACAACUUGAAAGUGCCACCUGAACCCUUUUCACCGUUACUAAUAUUCGAUCAUAUCGACAGCAAUUUAAGGUCACAUCCAUCCACUUAUCAUACCCUGGUGGAACUCGUCCAUGCUGCUGGAGAAGCAACGGCUGAUGGCAGCCUACUCAUCGAGUCUGCAAGACUGCUGCCACAUACAGCCAAAGUCCUGGCUAUGAUAGAAGGUAAUAGCCCGCGCAUGGAAAUACUUCCUGGAAACAAGCAUCAAGCUCCCAGCAUAGUAUUACCUGAAGUGCUAAAAAAGAGUGUUCUUUCGAGUCAACCACGCACUAUUAACUCAGGAAUCGUAACAACAUUCACAAGCAAAUACACUCCCACUAAAAGUAGCAAUAACCACGCGGCCAAUCCUGUAUCACAUAUUGCCUCCCGUGACAUGCACGCGAUUUGCACCCAAGCACUCGAUACUGAGACCAUGGGCAAAUGGGAUGUAGUGACUGAAAACGACCGACAGGCAGUCACAAGGUCAAUAUUCAGUGAAGACCGACGGUUUCAAGAAGCGGCGAGACUCGUCAAUCAGGCACGACCUCCUGAAGUAGAGUACGAUCCACAGCCGAAUUGGACUGAAGCGGAUGCUCUUGAGGCACAGAAACUGUUGGCACAGUAUGCCACCAGGAGAACGUUCGCUGUUGUCUCUGGCCGCGGACUAAUGUUUUUCAAUGCCCGAACACCAUUGCUCACGGAGAUGGUUCCUCGAGCGCAAUUCAGCAUGCAAUGUGUACUGCGGCCAAAAUCAGACACUGAAGGCGGCCAGACAAUGACGUUCAGCGCAGACAGGGCUCUGUUCACUGAGGAUAAAGUGAGCUGGGCCUUCUUCCAUAAUGGAGCGUCCGCUGGGUUGACACUUUCGAAGUCGGCACAUUUUAUUGACACAUCUUGGAUCCUGUACAACAAGCCCGCAGAAUUGACAAAUCGUUAUGCUGGUUUCCUGUUGGCUCUUGGACUUAACGGUCAUUUGAAAACACUGGCAAAAUGGGUGGCCUUUAAGUACCUGACGCCAAAGCACACGAUGACUUCGAUCGGUCUUCUACUUGGCCUUGCAGCAUCAUACCGAGGUACUGCUGACACGUUGACCACACGGCUUCUGUCGGUCCAUGUCACUUGUCUACUUCCUCCAGGAGCUGCUGAGCUCAACUUGUCCCCCUUGACCCAGACAACUGGCUUGAUUGGCAUUGGACUGCUCUACCAUGAUACGCAACAUCGUCGAAUGUCUGACGUGAUGGUAGCCGAGAUUGAGAAUCAGGAGCCUGAGGAACGAUCAGGAGAUGAACCAAUUUUGCGUGAUGAAGGCUACCGACUCGCGGCUGGCCUAGCUUUGGGACUCAUCAACCUAGGCCAUGGACUUCGCCUCCAGAGUUUGCACAGCAUGAGAGUUGUUGAGCGACUUUUAGCGAUUGCCAUUGGGACCAAAAAUGUUCACCUCGUGCAUGUGCUUGACCGAGCCACAGCAGGGGCAGUCAUCGCAACUGCUUUCAUGUUCUUGAAGACGAACGAUGCGUCAAUAGCUCGCAAAAUUGACGUUCCCGACACACAGAACCAGUUCGAGUAUGUUCGACCUGACGUCUUUCUUCUCCGAACCCUUGCCCGGCACUUGAUUAUGUGGGACUCGAUGCGUCCAGAACAGACCUUCAUCAAAGAAAGCUUACCCCAACAGCAUCAAUUUAGGUUCGACUUGCAGACAGUGAAGAGGCUAGUCACCAACGAUUUGCCCUUCUUCCACAUCGUUGCAGGUAUCUGCUUUGCUUUGGCCCUUAAGUUCGCGGGUUCGCAAAGACCUGACGUGAGGGACUUGUUGCUGAAUUAUCUGGAUCAAUUCCUGCGUCUCUCACGCAUGACCGCUCUCAGCUACGAUGCCAAGGUUACACUCAAUGGCAUCAGAAAUUGUCUUGACAUCUUGGCCCUAUCGUGUUCAACUGUCAUGGCAGGUUCCGGUGAUCUCGAGGUCUAUCGACGUCUUAGAGCACUCCACGGCCGUAUUGAUAAAGACACCCCUUAUGGUUCGCAUUUGGCUUCGCACAUGGCUAUCGGAUCACUCUUCUUGAGUGGUGGCAUGGCAACGUUUGGUACAUCUAAUCUUGCUGUUGCAAGUCUUGUGAUAGCUUUCUAUCCUCUUUUCCCUGUGGAUGUGCUUGACAAUCGUGCUCACUUACAGGCGCUCAGGCACUUGUGGGUCCUUGCCGUCGAACAUAGAUGCUUGAUACUGCGUGAUGCAGACAACGGGCAGGUGCUUAGCGGUAUAGAGGCCUCGAUUCAGUUGGAAGAUGGGUCGAUUUCCAGUCUUCGGACUCCUUGCCUGUUAUCCGACCUAGACAUCAUUAGGGCGAUUUAUAUUGCCCAAGAAAGUUACUGGCCAGUCACGCGAGUCCUUGAUGAACUUGUCGUAGCGCCGAAUGAUGACCAGGCCGACCGUCCAAAACCGCAGACACUCAGAGACAUCUACAAGGCCUCAUCUUCAGGUAUCUCAAUCACUCUUCAUCGUCUGGCCUCAUACGACAAAGCAGAUGUUGAUUCGUUUGAGGCAAGAUUGCAGGCCGAGGACCAAGCACAUGGUCUGCCAUCCACAUCCGCUCCGGGUACCACAGUUACAAGAAUGACGCAUGACACGUCUUCUCUGCCUACUGUGAAUAACCUGACCGGCUGGAUUUUUGACCAGGCCGCUUUCAGAAGGCUUGAUCAUGCUGAGCGGGAGCUUGCAUUGUCGAAUGCAGCAACGCCAAUUAGUGAACAAGAUGACUCUGCAGUGAUCGUCAAGCAAGGUAAAACCCUACUUGCCACAACGCCUCUUGAUACACACUUGGAACUUGACUUAGGGACGCUUGGACCGGAUAGGCUGCACGAGCUCAUGCGGCGGCCACUCAGUUACGACAAAGUGUGGCAGGUCAAACUGUUACUGUCAUGGGCUGACCGGAUGGCUAGAGAGAAAGAGCUUGACCAGGAUGUGGUGAUGGACAAGGACAAAAGUAGCGAGGACGUGCCGGAUGCUGGACAGGCGAUAUGGCUUAAAGAGGAUGUUAUUGACAUACUGAGAUGGAAGAUCUGGAAGUUAUGUCAACCACAGACAAACGAUGAGCAGACAGCCGAAGUUGAGUGA